UGUUAUUGAGCGGCCCGACGGUGGAAGUUGCGCUGCAGGGGUGGGACUCUGUUUCUGCAGUCGGUCGGUCGGGGGUGAGCUUCGAAUCGCACAGAAAUGCCUCUGGCAGCAGCUUCCCAGACUCCGGCGAGCAGCAGCAGAGUCAGACGGACACCUCGGAGCUCAAGAUAAACACUCCUCCUCCUCCUCCUCCUCCUCCUCCUUCUCCUCCUCCUCCUUCUCCUCUUCCUCUCCUUCAUCUCUCUCGCUCCUCUUCCUCCGCCAGCUGGCCACGUCUGAAAGCUCCUGGAUGCGCUGAAACGGAAGGAGUGCUAACGCCGUUUCCCUCCCCUCCUGCACCCCUUGUAUACAUAGACCGGACCGGCACCGGUGUCAUUGGAUGGAGAGAGGCGCCUGAAGAAGGGAGAGCGGUGGAGUUGGUCAACCCCCCUCCUCCUCCUCCUCCUCCUCCUUCCUCCCUACUGCACCAAAAGAAAACUCCGGGGUGGCUGCAGCACCAUGUCCUCGGCUCAGAGUGGGGAUCUAUCAGGCUACCAUCUGAGUGUGGUGCGUAACCCGCCCGGCUGGGAGGUGGGGAUCUACCUGGUGGGCUUCUUCGCGCUGCUGGGUGUGGCCGGGCUCAACAUCUGGAAGCUGUGGAAAUCUGGAACCUUCCCAGCGCCAUCUCCCUUCCCCAACUUUGACUAUCGAUACUUGCAAGAAAAAUAUGGAACCUCCUUCUCAGAAGUCAGACAAAAGAGAGUGGCGGCCAACAAUCACCGGCGGACCUCCUACACCUCCAGCCGCAAACCCAGUCUGGCCCUGGGUGACACCCCAGAUGGCUUCAGGGACCUGGGCCACCUGGAGCUGAUGAGCAGGGAGCUGGACCCGACUGGCAUGGCCCAGCUCAACCGCUCCAUCUCCACCGACUCGCUCAGCUCCAUCUCCUCCAUCGCCAACAACUUUGGCCACGACUUCACGGUCGGCCAGCUGGAGGUGACACUUGAGUUUGAGCAAUCCAGGCAGCCGGGCCAGGGAGUGGGAGUGCUCCACAUCACCCUGCACCAGGGCAAAGACCUCCUGGAGAGAGAGGAAGGGGACUUCCCCGGCUGCUUCAUCAGAGUCUCCCUGGGGCCAGAGGAGCUAAAUGUUGGAAUCACACGGGUCCAGACGAAUGCAUUCACCGUGCUUUUUGAUGAGCGCUUCUCCGUCCCCAUGGACCUGUCCACUUUGGACGAGUACAGCCUGCGCUUCGCCGCGUUUGGUAUCGAUGCUGAUGAGAGAAACAUCAGCGCAGGAGUAGCAGAGCUCAAGCUGUCAGACCUGGACCUGACCAUCAGACCAUUCAAUGCUUGGCUCUACCUCCAAGAUGUCAAUAAGGCUGUCGAUGCAGUCGGGGAGAUCCUCUUGUCUCUCAGCUAUUUGCCCACAGCCGAGCGCCUCACUGUGGUUGUGGCCAAGUGCAAGAACCUGGUGUGGACCAGUGGCAAGAACACUGCAGAUCCGUUUGUCAAAGUUUACCUCCUGCAAGACGGGAGGAAGAUCAGCAAGAAGAAGACUUCCACCAAGAGGGACGACACAAACCCCAUCUUCAACGAAGCCAUGAUCUUCUCUGUGCCGUCCAUCGUCCUGCAGGAGCUCUCCCUGAGGGUGACAGUGGCAGAGGCCACAGAAGACGGCCGGGGCGAGAACCUGGGUCACGUGAUCAUCGGCCCAGAGGCCAGCGGGAUGGGGAUCACCCACUGGAACCAGAUGCUGGCCACUCUGAGGAAGCCCGUCUCCAUGUGGCACCCUCUGCGCAGGAUCUAGUCCUGCCUGGCCUCGUACAUACCAGACCUAUUUCAAGUAAAACACUCGCCUCUUCAUGUUCCUUUCAGCUCUCCCCUUGUUUGGUGCCAUGCUCAAAUCUGUUACACUAUUUUAGUAAGAUCAUGGCCCACAGGAGGAUACUGUGUGUGGUCUAUGUCGUUUUGGUUGCAUUUUUUCUAGUAAGUAAUAACUUGGAGUAAACACCUUAUCUUCAUGUACGGGGGAGGAAUCUGAAAAGCAAGUGUUUGACAAGAACUGGGUGUAUCUGGGUAUACGUGGAUCAGUGAUACGUUUAAAUCCUUUCUUUCUAAUUUCAUUCUGGUUAGGAUGCACUAUGGCUGAGGGUGGUGUUUAGGAGGUCGUGUUCCAAACUACUCGAAUAACCCACAGAAAGUCAUUUAUAAAUCUGUGCUCCUACAUUAGUGAGUCAUGCUUUUGGUUUGAGAAUUGUUGAGAAUUGAUGAUUAUGAUUCCCUCUCAAAAGUCUUGAUGAGAAAUUUCAGUUUGGACUUUGAAGUCAGUUUAAAUUAGGAAAAGGUGACCCCCCCAUUCCCCACCCCCCACCCCACCGAGACCCACCCCCUGCAUGGUGCCUACUCUGGUUGUAGCCUAUUAUAGCUGUCUAGAAAAUGAACUGAACUUGACUGGAGGGGUGAGAUCCCUUCACUUUCAGGAAAACUCUCAUUUGUCUUUUUCAAACCGGUCAUCGAUUGCGCCUACGUGAUUGAUUUCGUAGCGGUUUUAAAGCCGAGUGGAGUUAGAUCUAUUAGAUUUGCUUGUGUAAUUUGUUAACAGUGAGACUCACAAAUAAUGGAGGUUUUGGUAUGUUCAGUAUUUAUUGUGCUUUUGGAAAAAUAAAAGAAAAAAAAUCCAGGUACUCUUAUCCAGGUGAAAUAAUUGUAAUUUGUAGCAGUUGUUACAGGGUGGCCAAAUCAGAUGUAAUCAGCAUAUAAAUAUCAUAUUCUAUUUUUACCAUAAUUAAUGCAAUACCAGUUGCAUAAGCAUAAUUAACAGUGUAAAUAGUGUACUACAACAGUCUUGUCAUUGCCAUUUUUUCCUCUAAAUUCUGGAUGCAAAUCAUGUUUUUCAUGUAUCACACUUUAAUAAACAUCAAACUCCAAGGUCAUUUACACAACUCUAUAUUUAACACAAAUAUCCUUGCUGAUCGAUCAAUUAAUAUUAAAACACCUCUGGGAAUUUAACGCGUGAUGUAAAGUAUACUAACCCCUUUAAAUGGGUUUACACUUUCUUUUAUGUUAGAGGAAACACCUUGGCGUUCUGACUUAAAUCUAUAGUUCUUUUUCUCCAGGCCCUUGCCACAAUUAUUUUAGCUUUUGUCGUUAAGAUACCUGCAAACUUCCUGCCAGCAGAAGCCAACUGGGCCCCUUUGCAGCUUGAAGUUUGACAGGUAAUAUUGCUAAUAUGAAGAUAAUGUGACAAGAGCCUUCUAAAAGUCAGAAUGUCAAGGUGGAUUUUUAUCCGUCUGAGAUAUUCUCUAAAACAUUGUGCAAUAGUGCUGUUUUUGUUGUAACUUCUGAAUGUGAAUUAUCAUGUGAAAUAUCUGCUUACUCUUAAAGUAUCAUCAGCCUCAUGCAUUGUUGUGAUUUUUGUUUUUUCUUUUUCUUUUUUUUCAGCAGAAACUAUUCUCUUCUGUUCUGACCACACUACUAACCUCACUUUGAAAAUCAGUCCAAAAAUAACACACCUGUGGUGGUCAUGUAAUAGACAAUAUUUCCUACUGUGCCAAAUAAUGAAGCAAUAUUUUCAUUUACAAUCAGCAUUUGCAUUUGAUUCAACAAAGCUGUAGCCUACAUUCACCCAUGCAUGAAGUUAUUUAGCACUUGAUGUGAAUGUGCCUCAAGAAUACAGUGUAUUGUGUGAAUGCUGUUUGAAAUAAAAGCAAU